GGGCGAACCCAACUUCAGUCAAGGGAAUAUUCAACAUUUGAAAGGAGAGAAAUAUCAUCUACAAUGGAUGGGCGAAACUUAGAUUCUGAAGAUGCUUCUUCCCGCAAGGGAAAAAGUGUUAUGAACUAUACGGGUCAGUCAAGCUCUAGCGCCAACACCGAAUAUCAAAUUACUUCUUUGCAAUUAUCAAGUGGGGAUGAUCAGCAUGCUCCUUCUGAAACUCAUCAAGGGUUUCAAGGAGCUUCUAAUGAGAAUGGUCAAGUCAGAAAUGGGCCAUCGCUUGGUAAUAUAGACUUAAAUGAAAUAUGUGAAGGUAAUUUAAAAGAUGCCAGUGAGGAAACGGGAGGAGGUGUAACCCUAAAUCCGCCUGCCUCCGAUCCUUCUAAUCCAAUCUUGAUCUCCUCAGGAAUCUCCGGAUAUGUUGUGGAAGAAAAUGACGACGGCGGAGAGGGUGGUCCAUCUAAUGGCAGGCGGCUAACCUGCAAAAGAAGAGUCCCUGAAAGUUCUUCUGGGCCACUGUUAUUAAGAGGUUCAUCUUCAAGCUCUUCUCAACAAGCUGGAAAUCCUGAUGAACAAGCUGUUAUCCCCCAAGAAAUUUCUGGAAGCAGCUCAAACGUAUUGAGUGCCUUGCCUAAUCCCCCAAACGUCGCUCAUUUCGGACAUGUGAACGCUGGUUUAACAAUGGAUACUUUCAAUCGUCAAAGUUCAAGUAUGACAGCAAAUGGAUUUGAAGGUGGCCCUGCAAUGCAGCAAACUUUUAAUGUGGCUGGACAUGGAGCUGGUUUUGGAGAAGCCACAGGGACGAAUCAAACUUCAAUGUGGGGAGGACAAUCAGAUGGUUUUCAGAGAAAUAUUCGUCUUCGACCAAAUGUAGAUCAUCAGUUUCCGGUACCUGAUGAUUACAUGUCGAUGAUGAAUUCUAUUAGUGGACAUGCUAAUUGGCAAAGAGAUAUGCUUAACCACAUAUAUAAUGACCUUGUGUUUCAGAGUAUAUCACCAUUUGAACUUCCACCAAUGCACCCUAUGUUGCAAGCUCCAGAUUCUUUUCAAUCUGGAUCAUCUAGUUCUUCUUCUGCUCAAGCUGUAAACGGACUAAAUUUGUCCCUCAUGACAUCACAUAUCAAUCCAAGUUUUCCUGGAAAUGCUUCAUCGUCAAAUCCCAGGCCACCAAUUGCUCCAAACCAGUUUAAUAAUCCCAACAUGGGUGGUCUCUACGCUAACAGAAAUGCAGAAACUGGAAGUGGAUCGGAGUUCGGCGGCUGGGUGCACGGUGGCUACGCUGCCGGAGGACAGGAGAGCGUACUUAGAAGUGGCAAUGUGAGGCCUCGUGAACCUCUGAGGCCAAGAUUCAUGACAAGGCCACCAGGGAAUGCUCAGCAGGAUACCCCCCCGGCGCUUCGGACUUUAUCUCCUGCUGCACUAAGGAGAAGCAUGCUCUUAAAUGGGGUUGAGAAUGCACUGCAAGUUUUUCGUAGGACCGGCGCCCUACGGGUUCAGGAUAUGAUGGGGAUGAACCAGUCAAUGUGGAUUCAUGAGGGUGGCAAUGAGGAAGACGAUGAAGAUCAAGAUGAGGAGGAGGAUCUACAUGAAGAUCUGCGUCUUGAUACAGAUAACAUGUCUUAUGAGGAACUACUGGCCCUGGAGGAGCAAAUUGGAAGUGUUAACACUGGAUUGAGCGAGGAAGAUAUUGUGACACUUCUAAGGCACCGAAAACAUCAGACUGUCCCAGUUGGGUCUCCUGUGAAAAAUGAACAAUGCUGUAUCUGUCAGGAGGAAUAUGCUGAUGGAGAAGAUGUUGGGAAGCUGGAUUGUGGGCAUGAAUUUCACACCAACUGCGUAAAGCAGUGGCUUAAGCUGAAGAACGUAUGCCCCAUCUGCAAAUUGCCAGGCUUGGGAGGUAAAAAGAAAGUGAGCCCUAAAUCCAAAGACCUCGUAGUAUUGGACGACUAAUCAUCUCAAGCUUGUUCAUGGAAGCCUCAGCCAUGGGGAAUCAUAAACCUUCGGACUUUUAAAGAAUAAGUUGUUUUUCUCUCAUUAUAACAAACUCUGGAGCAAAAACUUUUCAUAUUUAAGACUAUAUUAAUCUUGUGAUAGAUAACUAAGUGAUUUGCAGAAGUUGAUGACUGGCAGCGACAUUUUCUGAAAGCCUAUGAGUCACAAAA